AUGGACGCUGGUUUGAUUAAUGGUGUCCUAUUUUUGGACCUUAAAAAGGCCUUUGACACGGUAAACCACAAGAUUCUUUUAUCCAAAUUGGGAUGUUAUGGAAUUCGUGGAUUAGCACUGUCAUGGUUUCAAUCAUAUCUUAGUAACAGGAAACAAAUUUGCAAAGUAAAUAACUCGCUAUCAACCUUCCAAAAUAUUACAUGCGGCAUCCCACAAGGAUCUAACCUUGGGCCACUUCUGUUUACAAUUUAUAUAAAUGAUCUGCCAAAUAGUUUAGAAAUAACUGAACCCGCCAUGUUUGCUGAUGAUACAAGCUUAACUGCAACUGGGGAGUCUUCUUUUGAAAUUGAAUACAAAUUGGGGGUGGAAAUCCAAAACGUUAAGACUUGGUUAGAUGCAAACAAAUUAACAUUAAAUGAAGAAAAACCCGAGUAUAUGCUAAUCGGCUCAGGAAAGCGCUUAAAACAGAUCAGAAAUGACCCUAUUAUUAAAAUUAGAGAUCAUAUAAUUAAACGGGUUUACAAGAAAAAGGUCUUAGGCUUAGAAAUAGACGAUAAAUUACAAUGGACAAAACAUGUUGAAAAACAAACUAAAAAGAUUUCGUGUUCUAUAGCUAUGUUACGAAAAGUGAAGCCUUACGUACCUCAAGCAACACUACAGAUGAUGUAUAAGUCAUUUGUACUCCCCUAUUUCAACUAUUGUUCAACUAUAUGGUAUGAUGGUAAUAAAAUGCACGCCGAAAAAAUGCUGAAAUUGCAAAAGCGUGCAGCACGGAUCAUUACCAGUUCGGGCUUAG